UGUCAGCCUCAAUUUCCCACGCGCUGCCGACCUGACGUGUAUGGCCCGCUCGACAGUUCCUCGCUCGAACCACUCUCACCACCAUGUGGCCCACCUCAUCAGAUCCUCCCCUCGCAACGAAAUCACCGGAUUUGGCGGCGGAGCGCGAUUGCCGCGCGAGCUGGUGCGACUACGGAUCAGUCCACGCCUAUAUCUGUGGCCAUGAUCCUGACUCCAUCCCGUCCACUUCUUGGUACUCCUCGCGUCCACCGGAAGGUCAUUGGGUGUGUGGCUGGCCAGAGUGCGCAAAUUUCCCCAGCAUCGAUCCGCCAUUGCCGCCAGGAGUCCUCGACGUCGCGUCCGUGCAUCUCUCUGCCUUCCCCGCCGACGAGCAAGCCAAAGAGGAUCCAGGGGUUCAGCAGGUGGAGACUGCUGAGCGGGAGCUCGUUGAAGGUGGUCGAAGAGGAGACGCCCUACAAUGAAGCAUACAAGUUGAUCUAGGUGGCGUCUCUGAGUCAGCUUUGUGGCGCUAGGGAAAUAAUAUUUAGCUUGCUUUAUUAUUAUCAUUUAUUUUUGUAUGACUUCCGCUAUGUAAUAAUUAUAUUUAUGACAUUUAUCUCUAUACACUUUGUCAUUAUA